AUGGCUCCUAUCGCAGUAGAGCAGCCCACCACCACCACCACCACCCCCUCCAUCCCCAGCCACCCACCAGCGACACACCCCGGGCUGAUCCGCGUCAUUCGCAGUCCCAAAGCGUUCGCCAGCGGGGCAGUGUCCGAAGUUGCGCUCCCCGCCGGCGCUGUCCUGGCUAAAAUCACUACCGCGACGCCCGGAACCAAGGCCUACACCUCGGUCCAAACCGGCCGCGACACGCAUAUCGAGCUCAACUCCGACCUGGUCUUCUGCAACCACUCCUGCGCCCCGUCGCUCAACUUCGACAUGCACCGGAUGGAGGUCCGCGUCGUCGACGACCGACCGCUGGCCAUCGGUGACGCCUUGACUUUCUUCUACCCGAGUUCCGAAUGGGACAUGGACCAGGCGUUCCAGUGUACCUGCGGUGCUGGCGAGAAAUGCAGAGGUUGGAUCCAGGGAGCGAAGAGCCUGUCCCGCGAGCAAUUGGCGGGGUACUGGCUGAACCCUCAUAUUGAGGAAAUGCUGCAGGAGCGAGAGGGCACUGAUUAA